UGUGACUUGGUUGGUGCCUUUCGUUUGUGGUUGGAUUUUUCGGAUGGAUGGCCGACACGGGCAGGCCUAGCCUGCAACAAAGCCAGUGAGAAGGGAGAGGGAGGUGUCGUGUGAUGCGAGAGAGAAGGCAAGGCAGGUGACCUUCUCAAAGAGGAGAAGCGGGGAUUUGAAGAAAGCUGGAGAGAUGUCGAUUCUGUGUGAAUCUGAAGCUGUUGUUAUCAUCUUUUCUCAAACUGGCAAGCUCCUUGAUUUCUCAAGCUCCAGGUACCAACCCUGUAUGGAUUUUAUGGGAGGCGUCUAGAAAGUUCCAACUUUUAUCUUCAUGUUUAAGAGUCAGAAAGCACGGGAUGCUAAGGAUCGACUUGAACCGGUUGCCUCGCAGGCUCAAAAGAUGAACAACAUUGUUACUGAACAAUGGAUUCAAAUUCAGCGACUUGAGCAGGCUUUUCAUAGUACUCAAGAUGAUGCCCAUAUCUUUUGCAGGGAGUCCCAAGUGAAAGAUGAAGUAAAGGGUGUCUUACAUUUCAUCCAGUAUACUUAUAAUAUUUUUGGCUUCUCUUUCGACCUGAAGCUAUCAACACAGACGGUGGUUUUUCUUAUUUUGAGGCUUUUGUUUCCAGGCUGCCCUGUGUACUCAAGAACUAAAAGGACAGUAAAAUGCUCGAAUAAUGGAACAGAGUUGAGAUUAUGCCCGAGAUGUUACAGUAACAACUGCAAAUACAAGUUCAGAGGAAGAUCAUAUUCCUUUUGUGGUGCAACUGGAGUUUGUUAUCGUAUGCGGUGCUUUUCAUUGUAUGGCCAUAUGAAGCUGCAGAUGCAAAUAUUUCUUAAGGUACAUGACGAUCCUUCUAACGCUCCAGUUUGAUGGUCCAACUCAAUGGCCCUUACGCCACUUGGGGGGACUGCUAGUAGAGAUCAUAGCAAUUGAUGUAAGUCCCUUACUUCUGUAAUACGGUACUUGGAGUGACUGCUGGUAGAGCUCAUAGCAAUUGUUCACUCAAUGUCAGAUUUUGAGAUCAACGAAUCAGCUCAUUGCUGUGGUCGAAGUUGGGGAAGGUGAUGUGAUGUUAGAAAUUAGGCUGCGAACAGGUUCUUUGACCAAUGUUCUUAUUAAUGCUUGUGCAUUUGUGCUCGCAAUCAAAAAGUGUUAUAUGGGCUUUAGGAUCCACACAUGGCUACUCAUGUGAGUGAGAGAUUUGCGGAGACUGACCGGUUCAAGGUUUUGAAAGAGGACUUUGUCAAAUGUCGCAUUCACUCAUAUGUGGUGUCGUUGUUGGCAUGUGCAGAGCCAUCGGUCUCACCGCCACGAUCUUCCACGAUUCCAUUUUUCCUUUCUUUUAAUUUAUUUUUAAAUUUUAAAAGUUUUUGUUGAUGGUUUGUUUGUGGAAAUGGAUGAAAUCAGGUGUUGGAUUAAACUGUACCUUCCUCAACACA